CCCGAAAAAUCCAUGAAGUUUUUCGGUUUGCCCCCUGAAAAAAAAAAUUACGUUAAUUAACUACCCUAGUUCAUCACAAAUGAUCCAUCAGAGCAGAUUCUCUGACGACACCCAAAUUAAUAACAAUUAAGUUCACUAAAGUAGUAAUUAAACUUUGAUUAAACUAUAAUUUCCAGUGCUGUAGCGUAAAGGCCGAGACGAAGAAAUUCGAAGAAGGAACACAACUAAAGAAAGUUAUUGAAGAAUCCAGAGCCCGCGCUUCACGUGUUCGUGAUCCGAAAAUUCUAUCCUGCGUUCACUUCUGCAGUUAAUCUCUUCCAGGAGUGUGUAAUUAGCUUUUAAUAGUUAAGUUUUUCCAUGGCAAACACGUCAAAACCGAGACCGAAACCCAGACCGAAAGAGGGGAAAUUGUCUGUUUAUCUUUACAUUCCCAAUAUAAUUGGGUAUGUUAGAGUUCUCAUGAAUUGCGUAGCUUUUGCAAUUUGUUUCUCUGACAAAUGGGUUUUCUCCAUUCUUUACUUUGUCAGCUUUGUUUGUGAUGCUGUAGAUGGUUGGUGUGCUCGAAAAUUCAAUCAAGUUUCAACGUUUGGAGCUGUUUUGGACAUGGUAACCGAUAGGAUUAGCACAGCUAGUCUCCUGGUAGUACUCUCCCAAGUAUACAGGCCCAGCUUGGUUUUUUUGUCACUGCUUGCACUAGAUAUUUCAAGCCAUUGGCUGCAGAUGUAUAGUACAUUCUUGAUGGGUAAAACUAGUCAUAAGGAUGUAAAGGACAGCACAAAUUGGCUUUUCAAGGCUUACUAUGGGAAUCGGAUGUUUAUGGCUUACUGUUGUGUGUCUUGCGAGGUUCUUUACAUAACCCUAUUUCUUAUUGCGAAGAGCCAGAGUGAAAAUUUAGCGGAUGUUUUCAUGGGUACUCUGCAACAGGUUUCACCUUUUUCUGUUUUGGUUGCUUUGAGCUUAUUUGGAUGGGCAGUCAAGCAACUGGUCAAUUUUAUACAGAUGAAGACAGCAGCAGAUGCAUGUGUGCUUUAUGACAUUGGAAAAAAACAGAAGCAAUAGUUCAUCAGCUUUAUCUAUUUCAGAUUACUCUUGGUGUGGUAACCCUCAAUUGCCUACUUUCCAGUCUUCAACCAUAUAUUUAGAGAGUGGCAGAUUGAUAUUGGCCGUAAAAGAAUUAUGAAUGCUUUGUUAACUAUCAAGUUGGUUUUCCCUUCGGUUUGCAUUGAGUUCCAAGAAUUUUCUCUGCUGUAGUUGUGAGUUACAUGCAUUGUAGAGAUGAGAUGUGUCAAUCUCAGACUUACUGCUACUAGCGCAGGGAAGAAGUUUUAGUAAUCCAAAAUUUGCUUUCAAUUUGAAAAUUAAUCAGUUGUUAUUGGCUUUUUUUUCAAAAAUAAAUUCAAAGACAUGUAAUCCGUGUCCUGAUA